CUAUUACAUAUGGAUACGGAUAAUUUGAAAGAUGGUAUAGUUAAUUGAAAAUUCAUCAAAAUACUAACAAAAAUCUAAUUAAGAUUUGGAUCAAUUUAAAGCCUUGCAAAAUAGUGGACUACUUGACUCAUUGUAUGCUUCGUUAACGUUGAAGGAAAGAGCUAAAAAUUUAUACAAGAGUUUACAUCCCAUAAUACGAAGGCGUGUUCGAGCUUUGAAAAGAAUUCAAUAUGAUGGUUUACAGUUGGAAGUUCAAUUUUAUAAAGAAUUAGCUGAAUUAGAAAGAAAAUAUAUGAAACAGUUUGAAAAGUUGUACAGUCAACGUCAUGCAAUUGUAUCCGGAACUUAUGAGCCCACCAUAGAAGAGACAGAAUUUUCCCUUAGUCAGGAUGACGAUGAUGACCUAAGUUUGUCAUUUAAAUCGCCAAAAUCAACCAAUGAAGGUGAUAUUGUUGAAGAAUCGCAAAAUGAUAAUUUAACUAAAAAUGUACCAGUUGGUAUACCAGGAUUUUGGUUAACAGUACUGAAGCAUUCACCAUUAAUAUCAGAUCUCAUACGUCAAUCAGAUUUAGCAGUGUUAUAUCAUUUAAUUGACUUACGGUCGAUUCCAAUUGAAGAAAAUGGGAAAUCUGGAUUUCAGUUAGAGUUUGAAUUUGAAACAAAUAAUUUUUUCACGAACAAUAUUCUGUAUAAACGUUAUUUCAUGGAUUAUGACGUUAAAAAUGACAAUCCAUUCAGUUAUGAUGGACCAGAAGUAAACUAUUCAGAAGGAUGUCAUAUUGAUUGGAGACCAAAUAAAAACGUAAUGGUGCAAAAUUGCCUGAAAAAAUAUCAAAAUAAACCCAAAAUUGAGAACACUUAUUCUUUCCCACAGUAUCAGGUUUCAGCGAUGGGUGUGACAACUUCAACAUCUUCAUCUACAUUAUCCUUAAACGAUGAAUCAUUUUUUCAGUUUUUCAGUAUUUCUAAUCAAGAUUUAUCAAGAAAAACAAGUGAUCCAACAUUUGAGCAAAAGAUAUUGGAAGAUUAUGAUAUCGGUCAGUAUAUAAAGGAGCGUGUUAUACCUCGUGCCGUUACAUACUUUACUGGUGAAGCCUUGGAAUCAGAUGGUGACAGUGAUGAUGUUGGUGGUGAUGGUGGAUAUUAUGACAUUGAUGAAGAUGAUGACUUUGGAGCAGAAGAACAUCAGGAAGUAUCGGAACAAGUAACUCGUGAAAAUGAUGUAUGAAGAGACAUUGUUGUUUUUGUUACUGGCUGUUCAUUAGAAAAAUCUUGUAGUUAAUUAUACAUAUGGGGAU